AUGGCUCCGGGCCCGACAGCGUCCGCGCAUCGCCCAGUCGCGGCAUCCCGAGCCAGGAGCCCUACUAUUCUAAUCGAGUCCGGGACAGACAUUGCUGUGCUACACGCGAUCAUCACAGCCGCCCAAGAACACCUCGACAAUGCGCCCGGCCCGAAACCACUGCCCGCCGCCGCGCUCUUCAAGGCCUACGACGAAAUCCUCCCCCAGCACGGCAUCGAUCCCGAGUCGGACCAUCAUCUCUCUGCUCUUGUAUUCAGAGUCGGCGGCGAACAGGGUGCCGGCAGCUUGCUAGACAAGUUUCAGUCAAUCCUCGGCCGCAUAGGCAUCGUUCUGGAAUUCAGCGACGACUCUACUACUUCUCCCGAAGGCUAUGCCGAGCACCCUCACCCUCUAUCUCCGGAGCCACUAGACACUCAUCGUUGGUACCCCGACGACCUCCCCAUCGACGAAGAUGAAGACGCUCCUCCAAAGAGACCCCGGGCCUACAGCGCGACUUCCGUGGAAACCGACUCCGCUCCUCAGAAGCUUCAGGCCCAAGAGCCAAGCAGCAAGAAGGAUUACCAAGCGAGAGAUGUCGACCAUGCUCCUGGACUUACCGACGCAAAGUCGUACUCGUCGGCCCAGAUCUCCUCCACUGCAACGCGACACGGUGAUCCAUAUCAUCACUACCCGAGUCCGCUAUUCGACCACCUACCUAUUGAUCUCGACGCUCCAGGCGAUGACCCAAAAGCUCGCCUGUUGAUGCCACAAGCCGACAUCUCCCUCCAGUCGGCAGAAAGGAAGUCCGAACGUGAUAUUCAAACUUUGGACAAACCACCGAGACGCGUCAAAGAUCACGGCGAGAUCCAGUUCAGCGAUAUCGAACACGAUGAAAAACUUGCUCAGGACGCUGCAAGGCAGGAGAAGCGAAAUUCGAAAAAGACGGUCGAGAACAAGACGCACAACGACAGGACUGAAGGCGAAGACGUCGCAGGGCCCCCCCAUUACUUACCAAAAGAAGUCCAGCCGACAGCGCAAACAGAUCGGGAUGAACCUCCAGCGUCAGUUCAGUCCGACCACGAGCAUACCUUCUCUCGUUUGUAUCAAGAGCGACUGCUUACAAGAGCAACACGAGCUCGCGAGAUCUACUUGGCAAGCAAGGUCUUCAACCACUGGGCAGACCGGACCGCAGGGCGACUGGAGCGGGAAGGCGUAGCUAGAAGACACAUGAUUCGCUUUCGCUGCUUCCAGGGCUGGAGCUGUGCGCCGAGUCUCCGGUAUCCGAUCAUCGAGAACCUCAAGGCUCUAACGGCGGUGCAGAAGCUACACCGCGCUGUGUCGUAUCAACAAGAGCAACUGAGUCUGGCCGCAUCAGCAAUCGCGCAGAGACAUCGUGCUCGGGUCGCGUCCCGCGUCUGUGACCAAUGGUGCUCACACUUGGUCGCCCUCGCCUACCACCGCAAGUUGGAGAAGAAGUCUAAGCAACGGGCCCUGCUUGCAUGGAAAGUAAGCACAUCUAGCAACCUCGUCAAGACGCAAGCCAUAAGCAGGUUCAAUCGGCGCGAGGGCAUCAUCAACGCACUGUCGAAACUGCAAGAUCACACCAUAAUCAAUAGUCGCCAGCUUCAUGCAGCUAGGCAACUCGGGUCACUGCAGCUGCUCUUUGGUUGUCUGACGGAAUGGAGAGAUCAGGUCCAGGUCAGAGCGCGAUCGUCUGCCUAUCGUGACAAGCUGGCGGUUGCAACCGUCGGCCGGACGUUGGAGAAUUGGAAGCUGUCCUCACGAGUGCAGGCAGUUCGAUGGAGGGCGGACUUCAUUUCUGUGACGCGCGCCCUGGGAAGCUGGCGAAGACACUACAUGCAAGAGGAGUGGCGGCGAAACCUGUGUGCGAAUCACCUCAAGUCAUACCGCGUAUCAACUCUCCUGGGUGCCCUACAGCGGUCCAGCACCAUCGAGGCGCAGCGGUCGCACCUUAGCGAUCGAGCCAGGCUGUUCAUCGUGACGACGCGGGUAUUGCCCAUCAUGGACUCUGCUGUGCAAGCACGGAAAACCCAGAUGAAGGAGAUGAUCAGGCAGUACUUGAUGAUGAGAUAUACACAGGUGUCCUCUGCUCGAAAGCGGCGAAAAUUCUACGAGGCUUUGGAUCACUGGCGAGCCAUGACAGCCCAGGCGACCUCGGAAAGCGACGUUGUCACCAUGUACAAUGCAAAGCACUACUAUGGCCAGGCUGAGCUCGCUCUCACGAAGUGGAGGGCGCGCACGGAAGAAGAUCUGGAGGCUCAGCUAGCUGCCUACAAGCAUUAUGCGCAAACCGUUUUGGCGGCAUGGAGCGACGUUGCUCGAGAGCGCGAGCGGAUGGAGAUGCAAUCCCUGGAGCUGUGGGCUGCCCGCAGGCAACGGCAAUACCUCAAAGCGUGGUCGAUCUGGUCAUUGCAACGCAGCGGGCAGGCCCAUACCGCGACAAAGGUGCUGGUGGACAGGCACAACAAGCAGGACGUCGCCUCCGUGCAGCUUGAGACGCCAACGCGCUGGACCGGCAGGCCGCUGAACAUGACCUUACCCCUAUCAGCCAAGCCCUUGGCCUCAUGGCGGGAGACUGACGAGGAUUCGGCCACGUCUAGUGAUACGGAAGAUGUCGGAUUGCAAAAGUCUCCAAGCAAGCCCCCCUCCUAUACAGGGCGCAUCACUCUAUCGUCUACGACUCCCCGAGGUCCGGUGCCCAUUCACUUGAGCCCCAAGAUCAUGCGAGCAGGCACGUCCCCUCAGCGUUGGAGCAAGAGCGACAAUCCUUCGAUAUCCCGCCCAGGCCUAGCCCAAGACACGUCCCGUGGACCACAGUCAACCCCUCAGCCAAUUUCCAAGCCGAACUUUGGUAGUUCACUUCAACGCAUCCGCAGCAUGUGGCAGUUUGCCAACUUGUGCCAAUGGAUUUACAUAUUCGGCGAUGCUGCCUCUAUCGACAAUGCGGUUGACGUCGAUUAUAUCGAGACGGAGUGUCUCAAGCCGAAUUCGCCGGGACUCAACGACAUCGCCCUGGCCCUCUUGCGGUUGGUCUCUUCGCAGCGCGGUCUCAACCAUGCAUCGUUCGACGACCAAGCUCGAAAACAGUAUCUGCUGAAGUCGCCGGACACCAAUCCUUUCGGCGACGAUGACAGCCCCAAGAGCUUUGCUGAGUUUGAUGUGCUCAGCAAGUGGGCCAUGAUUCGGCCAGAAAUUCUUCGAGAGAAGAUGAAGGAGCAAAAGGAUACUGAGCAGACGACCUGGCGGAUCGAACCCUACGGCUGGGACAGCGAAGACCGCACCUACUACGUUCUCGACGACAAUCGAGUAUACCGUCUAACGGAAGCGCCUCCGAGCCAGAAACCGGCCCCUUCCAAGAACAGCCGUCAGUCUCGACGUACGAGGAAAAGGCGACGUGUAUCCGAGCCGGACGACGCCGCAGACGAAACCGUCAACGAUGCUCUCAAAGAAGGGCACGAACUGGCCUACGAGGACACCCAUCUGGGCGACAUGGUUUGGGAGUGUGUGGCAGUGACUCUUCCAGAAGUCCAGGCGCUCGUUGACAGCAUGGCCAAGUCACGAGACGAGAACGAAAAAAUCCUCCGAAAACAACUGCGAGACCACCUGGUGCCUAUCCUGGAGAAGCAGGAACAGGAACGAAGCCGCCGGGAGCUGAGGCGCGAGAAGGAGCUGGCAACUCUCGCCCUGAUGGCCAACGCGAAACGUUCAAGUCGCAUCGCUUCCAAGGCGGAGCAGCGAGAGCAGCAAGAAAGGGAAAGGGCUGAGCAAGAGCGUCUCCGAGAAGCAGCCGCCAUCCAACGUCGAGAGGAGCAGAAAAGGGCCAAGAUCCAGAGGGAGAUGGAAAUGAGGCUCGCUUCCAGAGAGCAACGUCUGAAGCAGAGAGAGGAGCGCCGUGUCCGGCGUGGCGAGAGCGGCACCCCGGCGUCUGUAGGCGAAGAUAGCGAGGUGACAGUGGCAGAUGUGAUGCCUGGAAAUGGCGAAAAUGGCCGCGAUCCCCAGGGCAAGCAGGAGGAAGAGGAGGCGUGGCAGGUGCCUCGGGAUCAGCGAGGCCGCUGCGGACCACCCUGA